CACCCCCCCCCCCUCCUACACGGAAGAGGAUCACCUUUGUCCCACAUAACUUCACGUGGGAGGGAGCAGCUGCUGGGAGAGUCAGUCAGGGGGGCAAAGUCUUCCCUCAGGAACAGAGAGGACACAGAGGCACGAGAAUUCCAGCUCCCUUUGCUGCCCUCAGAGGAGAUGAAUCAGAAGAGAGCCGUGCUGUUCAACUUCUGGGGCGUGGUGGCCCCGUCCAGACCUCGUGGCCUCCUGCAGGAGCUGGAGGAGCUGCACCGGCUGCCGGGGGGCUUCCUGUCCGGAGUGGCGUCCCGGAUGGACGGCGCCAUGAGCCAUGCCGAGAGGGGCCAGGUGACCUUUUCUCAGAUGAUCCCAGCCUUCGAGGCGGAGUGCGUGGCGGAGUCCAGGGUCAAAGGUGUGACGCUGCCCUCUGAUUGGUCAUCCAGAGGCCUGCUGGAGAAGCUCAGAGAGGCCACGAUGGAAGUCCAACCGGCCGUGAUGAAGACGGCUGCCCGCCUGCGUCACAGUGGGUUACUGACGGCCGUCCUGGCCAAUCACUGGCUGGACGACGUCCCCGCCGGAGGCGGUCCGGCCCGCCUUCUGUCUCUGCUCGGCGCCCACUUUGACCUGGUCCUCCAGUCCUGUCGCUCAGGCCACAGGGUCCCAGAGCCUGCCAUGUUCCGCUCCGCGCUGCAGCAGCUGGGAGUGACAUCACAACAGGCCGUGUGGAUGGAUGCGGACGGGGAUGGCGUGAAGGCCGCGGAGGGAGUCGGGAUGACCGCCAUCUUGGUGGAAGACCUGGACGACGCUCUGAAGAAACUGGCCAACCUCACCGGAGUUCAGGCUGUUGGAGCAGAGAGUCCGCCCCCCCCCUGCUGCCCCGAAGACGUGGCACAUGGAUACGUCACCAUCAGGCCCGGAGUGAGGACUCACUACGUGGAGAUGGGCUCGGGUCCACCGGUGGUUCUGUGUCACGGCUUCCCUGAGAGCUGGUUCUCCUGGAGGUACCAGAUCCCCGCCGUGGCUGCAGCAGGGUUCAGGGUGCUGGCUCUGGACAUGAAGGGCUACGGCGGCUCCACGGCGCCACCUGACAUCGAGGAGUAUUCUCAGGAGCAGCUCUGCAAGGAUUUGAUAACAUUUCUGGAUAAAAUGGCGAUACCUCAGGUCACCCUGGUGGGUCACGACUGGGGCGGCGCCCUGGUGUGGACCAUGGCUCAGUAUUUCCCUGAGAGAGUCAGGGCUGCAGCCUCUCUGAACACUCCUCUGUUCCCCGUGGAUCCGUCUGUGAGUCCUGCAGAGAAGCUGAAGGCGGUUCCCAUCUUUGACUAUCAGCUGUACUUCCAGAAGCCAGGCGUAGCUGAGGCCGAGCUGGAGAAGGACCUGGAGAGGACCUUCAACAUCAUGUUCUUUAGCAGUGCUGAAGUGGAGAAGCGCCCUGCUCUUAGCACCGCGGGGGUCUGCGCCCGAGGUGGGCUCUUUGUGGGUCUGCCUGAGCAGAUUCCCCGCGGCUGCAUGCUGACGGAGGCCGACCUGCGUUACUACGUCAGCCAGUACCGAGAGCAAGGCUUCAGGCGGCCGCUGAACUGGUACCGCAACGGGGAGGAGAACUGGAGGUGGAUGUGCUCCCGCCCCCCCGCAAAGAUGCUCAUGCCGGCGCUGAUGGUGACCUCGGGUAAAGACCCGGUGCUGCUGCCGGCCUUCUCCAAGGGAAUGGAGGACCUGAUCCCGCACCUGAGCCGAGGACACAUCGAGGAGUGCGGGCACUGGACCCAGAUGGAGAGGCCGGCGGAGACCAACCGCAUCCUGGUCUCGUGGCUCAAAGAGACGCUGAAGGGGGGCGGAGGGGUCACCAUGGCGCCCAAGCUGUGAGGGGGGGGGCACGAUGACACCAAGGGGCAUAUUAGCCCGAAUGAAUCACAAGGACAUUUUCUAAACACUUCUCGGCUCUCUUCAGGACCUCGACUAGGAGCUUUCUCUAUUCUUUAUUAGUUCUGGUGUGUAUUAGACCUGUUAUUCAUUCACAUUGUUGUGCUACAAACAAUGCGCUUUAAUAAAUGACAUUAAUUCAUUAAA